GGCGCGGAGCUUUACGGCUGCUGUGCUUCUCUUCUCCGUCGGCAUGGAGGGAGAGGAGUUGGAGAGGGAAAAUGUGGAGCAGGAGGCUCUGGAAGGGAUAGACGAGAAACCAGAGAAGGUGGAGGAGCAGGAGGAAUCCGAAGAGGCGGUUUGUGGCGCCAAAAAGAGGGUGGUGCCUGGUAUUGUGUACUUGGGCCACCUCCCGCCCCGCUUUCGGCCUUUGCAUGUACGGAACCUUCUCAGCGCGUAUGGCGAGGUCGGGCGCGUCUUUUUCCAGCCCGAGGACGGGUUCGUGAGGCGCAAGAAGAAGGCAGCGGCAGCCUCGACAGCGGGAGGCAAAAAGCGGUCCAAGUACAGCAAGGACUACACCGAGGGCUGGGUGGAGUUCCGGGACAAGCGAGUAGCCAAGCGCGUGGCGGCUAGCCUUCACAACACGCCCAUGGGGGCCCGAAAGCGCAGCCCCUUCCGUUAUGAUCUAUGGAACCUCAAGUACCUGCACCGUUUCACGUGGUCCCACCUCAGCGAACAUCUUGCCUUUGAGCGCCAGGUGCGCAGGCAGCGCCUGAGGGCCGAGGUUGCCCAGGCCAAGCGUGAGACUGACUUCUAUCUUCGAAGUGUGGAACGGGGACAGCGCUUCCUUGCUGCUGAAGGGGACUCUGCCCGCCCAAAUGGCACCUGGACCUUUGCCCAGCGUCCUACUGAGCAAGAGCUGAGAGCCCGGAAGGCAGCUCGGCCAGGGGGACGCGAGCGGGCUCGCCUGGCAAAUGCCCAGGACCAGGCUCGCUCUAACCGAGGGCUGCUUGCCAAGAUCUUUGGAGCCCCACCGCCUUCAUAGAGCAUGGAGGAGCCCUGAGUAGUCAAGGACUCUUGAAGGGCAGGGAGACCCUUUCCAUCUCCUAGCCCUGCUUCCUGUCUAAUUGAUAACAACUACUGACAAUGAUUAUAUUAUCUUUCUAAGACCAGGAGUCUGGUGGGUGCUUAGGCAUAGAUGUCUUCUGGGGCUCUGGUCCCCCCUCCAACUCCUGUUGCCUCGCUGAAGCACCUAAUUCAUACUAGCAAGAGUAUGAUUACUGCAGGAUGCCAGUUUUGCUUGAUUCUUGACUGUCUACUUCCUGCCCAGUGAGAUCCUCUAAAAAUCCCACUUCCUCGGCUGAGGAAGAGCCUUUACUUCAAGCUAGAGUGAUAAGGCCUACUCCAGUCAGCUGUUCCUCCAACUAUAGAUGAAGGGAAGCUGCAACAUCCUUUUUAUUUGAGAAGAUUAACAGGGCCUGGGGGUAAUGGGGUGGGACUGGGUUGGGAGCCACCUUCCAAGUAAAUGUAUAGAAAAGAAGAAAUAUAUAUAUUUAUAUGCCUUUGUAGUUUAUUGGGGGCGUGGGGGGGUGUUUUAUAAAUUCUGACUUUUCCUCUCAUGUCCCGUUCAUCCCCCUUAACUUCAUUUCCUGGUCUCAUAGCCACCAUUCCUCCCCGACCCUCCCAAUUCAGUCUGGACCCUUUUCUAUUUAUCGGAUUAACUUCUUAGCCCAUUUUAUCAGUUAUCUAGUUCAGCCUUUACUAAGUCACUAUAUGAGGAUAUAGGGAUAGUAGGUAAUAAUAACAGAUAGCCCUUGGCUUCAAGAGUUGCCACUAGAAAGAGACAUUAAAGAAAUAAAUGUACAGAUGG